AAAGUGGGACGAAAUUACUUAAUAUUAUACAUUUUGUUCUCGUUUAGGACAUUUCAUAAAAAUUUAGUAUUUAGUUUUUAGCAAGAUUAUAGAAGUCACUUGAGGUGCGCAAUGCAACAGCCAAAUAUCAAACAUAAUCAGCUGUCAAUUAUAAACUACGUGCUGGAGUUCGACGACAUCAACGGUAGUAACCCCGUGGCCCGUGAAAGUGUUCCUGGGACUGACGGAGGGCAAGGAAGUAGUGCCUGCGCCAGCUGUCACGUGGAAGGACGCACCCUGCCGGUCCCAGUGCUGUGCCAGGUGUGCGGCGACAAGUCCUACGGCAAGCACUACGGCGUGUACUGCUGCGACGGCUGCUCCUGCUUCUUCAAGAGGUCCAUCAGGAAGGGCGUCUCCUACUCCUGCAUAUCCGGGAAGGGAGAGUGUGUAGUGGACAAGGCGCGGAGGAACUGGUGCCCUCACUGCCGCCUUCAGAAGUGUCUCUCCGUCAACAUGAAUACGGAAGCCGUACAAGAAGAACGAGGACCAAGAAAACCCAAACUCAAGCAGCACCAUCACCAACACCAGACUUCCCUCCCUGACUGUCCCACUCCAGAAAUGAGAACGGGGCCGGCUGACUUCGGGAGAGCGCCACCACCACCACCACCACCACCUCCACCGCAGCCCCCUUCCCUACAGUCCCACAUCCCUAUCUCCUGCCCCCCGCCGCUCCUGCCCUCCGCUUUCCACCCCUCGUCGAAAUUAGUCUCGGGGCCAAUACUCAGCCUGCUUGAUGUGCCUCCGGUCCUUGCUAAUCAAUGGUGUUCAUCAGAAAAACCUUGGUCCCUAGCAUCUCUUCUGGCCUCGAACCCACUCUUCACCACCACGCUGGCGCCCCAUCCUCCGCUCCUCCCGCCACGGCCGCCCCCGCCCCCGCCCUCGCAUCCCCGCCUGCCGCCGCCCCUCAAGCUCCACACCUCAGCCUUCAGCGCCGUCAGACCCAACGCUCAUCAGUUCGCCAGCUCAGGUCACCUGAGGGAGGAGAUCGGCACGCAGGUGCUAGGGUGGCUGGUGCGGCAGGCCAGAACCUCUCCUUUCCUCACUCCGUUGCCUCCCCACGACCUCCUCCUCCUACUCACAAGAGCCUGGCCACAACUCUUGCUUUUGCAUGCAGCCUAUUGGCCCCUGGACCUCCUCCUACUUCUACAGAAUGAACUAAAAGUUGAACUUAAAGUUACAAAUAAUGAAGGGAUAUUGCCAAGUAUGUCCAAAAGUGAGGAGGCCGGGCAGGUGGUGGCGGCGCUCAGGAUGUGCCGGCAGUACUGUUUGGACUCCACUGAGCUGCUGCUGCUCUCUGCUGUUAUUCUUCUAAGAUCACAGCCUGGACUCUCAACUGAUGGGAUGCUGUUGAUAUCAGCCCUGCAAGAGAGAGCUCAGGCCACUCUGGGAAGCCACACAGCCUCAGUCUGCCCCAGUGAUCCACUGCGACCCUCUAACCUACUCCUCCUAGUGGCAUCUCUACACUGCCUUCCUCAGCAAGUGGUAACAAAUGUUCUCAUGCCCAGCCUUUCUUCUCCUCAGACUGCAUCCCUUGUAAUUGCCACAUUCCUUUCCACUCAUUAAAGAUGAAGAAAUUAAGCAAAUGUAGGAGCAAAUCUUCGGUAUAUGUGUACUGUAUUACAAUACUUUUUUGUUAACUGCUAUAAUAAAAUAUUAAUAUAC